AACUUGUUUUCGAUUCUUUCCGGAUGAGCUGAAGCGGUGAUUAGCAGACGCAGGUCGGAGUUUGGAUAUGUGAACGGAGACGGCAUUUUUCCUCUCGUUUUUUCUCCCAGUAUUAUCGAGUUACAAUCCGCGGAGGUGCGUGAACUUUUGGGGAACUACGCGAGUGGGAAAGUGCGGGUGUAAAAUGCCUGGGAAGUAUUCCGGUUCCUUUCAGUAGCUGCUGCGUGUCAUUGGCUGGGUCGUGACUACAAAGGCGCAAUACUUCACUGUAACAGUGUUGCUCUUCACUUCACAUACACACGUUUUUCUUGCACAAACCUCCCGUCCGGCAUGCACAUGAAAGCAUGAAACCCAAGACGUUUUUUUAAAGCUGAUCUGGAAGAAUUUGCAUGCUUUUGUACGUACACAGCAUGCCAGCAGUGCCAGCUGUGCAGGGAAAUCUGCAGGGUAUGAUCUGGAUUUGAAGGUGCAACUAGAUGAUGAUGAUGAAUCCGAAUCGGGAGCACCUGUCUCCUCCAGAUGUAGAACUACCUGGAUUUGGUGAUGGUGCAAAUGUCCCAGCAGCUGGCGCCUUCUGGAACGAGCCUGCGUCUGUAAGUGGUGGCAGCUGUGGGCUGUUGAGCCACCAGCCAGGAGGAACGGGAGCCGUCGUUACCUGUACAUCAGGUGCAGGCACAAGCAAAGGUCGAGCCGUACGAGUGACUUAUGUCCUGAAUUCCGAGACAGGUGCUGCAGAGAGUGCGGCUCUGCAGUGCCUAAAGGAUGCGUGCGAUGAGGCCGGUUGCAGGUUGGACGUGGUCCACUUUGGCAAACUGGACUUUGGGGAGAUGGCUGUCCUCGACCAGUUGUACAAUGCAGAUAUUGCUGUAGUGGAAAUGACAGACGCUUUCCGCCAGCCGUCUCUAUUUUAUCACCUGGGAGUAAGAGAGAGUUUUAGCAUGGCCAACAAUAUCAUUCUGUACUGUGACUCCAACUCUGACUCACUUCAGAACCUACAGGAGGUUGUGUGCCAGAAAAACACUUCCUGUGCAGCGAACUACCUGUUCAUCCCGUACAUGGUGACUCCUCAGAAUAAAGUUUACUGCUGUGAGAGCAGCCUCAUGAAGGGCCUCAGUGAGCUGAUGCAACCCAGUUUUGAGGCUUUGCUCGGACCCAUCUGCAUGCCCCUGGUGGACCGACUGACCCAGCUUCUCACCAGCACACAGACCAGCUCAUGUCAGUAUUUCAGGGAGACCACACUGAACGAAAUUCGUAAAGCGCGGGAGCUGUACACAGGGGUGGAGCUAGCAGCAGAGUUGGGGCGAAUCCAACAACGAUUGGAUAAUGUGGAGUGUCUGUCAACUGAUAUUGUGAUAAACUUGCUGCUGUCAUACAGAGACAUUCAGGAUUAUGAAUCCAUCGUAAAGCUGGUUGAAAGUCUAGAAAAGCUCCCAACGUUUGAUCCUAUGGCCAAUCCUCAUGUGAAAUUCCACUAUGCGUUUGCUCUUAACAGGAGAAACCAGCCUAAGGACAGACAGCGGGCUCUGGACAUCAUGCUGCCGCUGGUGGAGUCUGAGGAGCAGGUGGCUUCAGACAUUUACUGCUUGGUAGGGCGCAUCUAUAAGGACAUGUUCUUGGACUCUCAUUUUACCGACAUUCAGAGUCGAGACAGCAGCAUACAGUGGUUCAGAAAAGGCUUUGAAUCUGAGCCCACUUUGCAUUCUGGUAUCAACUAUGCUGUGCUUCUGCUUGCUGCUGGUCAACUGUUUGACUCGUCCUUCGAACUCCGUAAAGUGGGUGUGAAGCUAAGCAGUCUUUUGGGAAAGAAGGGCAGUCUGGAUAAACUGCAGAGUUACUGGGACGUUGGCUUCUUUCUGGGCGCCAGCAUUUUAGCUUGUGAUAACACUCGCGUCAUACAGGCCUCUGAGAAGCUGUUCAAACUUAAAGCUCCUGUGUGGUACCUGUGUUCACUGGUUGAAACAAUUGUAAUCUAUCAGCACUUUAAGAAACCCUCAUCUGAGCCACCUGGACCAAAGCCGGAACUAGUGGACUUCUGGAUGGACUUUCUGGUGGAGGCUACAAAAAAGGAUGUGUCAUCUGUCCGCUUUCCUGUUUUGAUUUUGGAGCCCACUAAAGUCUACCAGCCGUCUUACCUGUCCAUCAACAAUGACGUGGAAGAGAACACACUGUCCAUUUGGCAUGUGGCUCCUGAUGACAAAACUAAAGGGAUCCAUGAGUGGAAUUUCAGCGCAGCCUCAGUGCGAGGCGUAAGCAUUUCCAAGUUUGAUGAACGCAGCUCCUUUCUGUAUGUUGUGAACAACUCAGAAGAUUUUCAGAUCUACUUCUGCACAGAGAUGCACUGCAAAAGGUUCUGUGAACUGGUGAACAGUCUGACUGAGGAAUCCUGGAAAGGUCAAGAUGAGGCAGAGUGUGAUUCAGAAACCUUAGAGUAUGAUUAUGAGUAUGAUGAACACGGAGAGAGGGUGAUUCUGGGUAAAGGCACCUUUGGAAUCGUCUAUGCGGGUCGUGACCUCAGUAAUCAAGUGCGCCUGGCUAUUAAGGAGAUUCCAGAGCGGGACAGCAGAUAUUCCCAGCCACUGCAUGAAGAGAUCGCCCUGCACAAACACUUAAAGCACAAAAACAUUGUACAGUAUUUAGGCUCCAUCAGCGAAGAUGGCUUCAUUAAAAUCUUUAUGGAGCAGGUUCCUGGAGGCAGUUUGUCAGCCCUGCUGAGAUCCAAAUGGGGCCCGCUAAAAGACAACGAAUCUACCAUCGGCUUCUACACCAAACAGAUUCUGGAGGGGCUUAAGUACUUACACGAUAAUCAGAUCGCUCAUCGAGACAUCAAGGGAGACAACGUUCUGAUAAACACCUACAGCGGUGUUCUGAAGAUCUCAGACUUUGGCACAUCAAAGCGUCUUGCCGGCAUUAACCCCUGCACUGAGACAUUUACUGGAACGUUACAGUACAUGGCUCCUGAGAUCAUAGACAAAGGUCCUCGUGGUUAUGGCAAGCCAGCAGACAUCUGGUCAUUGGGCUGUACCAUAAUUGAGAUGGCCACAGGGAAACCACCGUUUUACGAGUUGGGAGAACCACAGGCUGCCAUGUUUAAGGUGGGAAUGUUUAAAAUCCAUCCAGAGAUUCCUGACUCCAUGUCAGCCGAGGCCAAGGCAUUUAUUCUGCGCUGUUUUGAGCCCGACCCAGACCUGCGUGCUACCGCUAACGAGCUACUCAUGCACGAGUUCCUCACUGUUACAUCCCGCAAGAAGAAAGCAAAGGGGAAUAGUUUCACAGCUUUAACCCCGGGAAACGAAUAUGUGCGCAGUAUCUCCCUCCCGGUUCCUGUGGUGGUUGAGGAUACAAGCAGUAGCAGUGAAUACGGGUCUGUCUCACCAGAUAAUGAGCUGAGUGCCAAUCCUUUCCUCUUCAAGCCGAGCGGCAAGUGCUACAGUGAGAGAGAGGUCAAGGGGCAUCGCUCACUUUUCCUCAGCAUCCCAGUGGAGCAGUUUGAGGACCACAGUGCGCCUCCAUCUCCAGAGGAGAAGGACCCGGGGUUCUUCAUGCUGAGGAAGGACAGUGAACGCCGGGCUACGCUGCACCGCAUCCUUACUGAGGACAAAGAAAAGAUUGUCAAUAACCUGCAGGAGGCGCUCAUACAGAGUGCUGAGGAGACCAAGCUAAAGCACGAGCACAUCUCCACAUUGGUAGCAAGUCUGGGUAAUUUUGUCCGGAUGGCAGACCGAAAAAUUAUCUCCAGUACGCUCUCACAACUCAAACUGGAGCUGGACUUCGACAGUACUGCAAUCAGCCAGCUGCAAGUGGUGCUGUUCAGCUUCCAGGAUGCGGUGAACAAAGUGCUGCGGAAUCACAACAUUAAACCUCAUUGGAUGUUUGCACUGGAUAACAUAAUUCGAAAAGCAGUACAGACCGCCAUCACCAUCCUGGUGCCAGAACUCAGGCCGCACUUUAGCUUGACAUCCGAGAGCGACCCGGCUGAUCAGGAAGACGAUGAAGAUACCGUCCCUCACAGGAGCCCCACCCACAAACACAGAUCCCCAACCAUUGCAAACCACGAUGAUACAGUGGCCACAUCUGGCGUGAGCACGCUCAGUUCAACCGUCUCAGACUCGCACACAGCACAGCGCUCGGUUACCAUGGAAUUUGGCCGGUUAAAGCUUGAGACCAAUAGGCUGUUAGAGGAGCUGGUGGAACGAGAGAGGGAGUAUCAGUGUAUCCUGCACCAGGUUUUGGAAGAGAGGGAGAAGGAAAUUAAAUUACUGAAGAUUCGUUCUGAGCCCAUCGAUAUCGCCACCCCCUCUGUGAGUAUCCAGAGUUCAUUAGGAGGCGACGGAGACCCUGAGCUACUCAAAUGGCUCCGGUUUCAUGGAGCUGAUCCAGACUCUAUAGACAGGAUUGUAGCGGAGGACUACUCUCUGGAGGACAUCCUGUAUUACGUCACCAGGGACGAUCUGAAGAGUCUCAGAUUGAAGGGUGGAAUCCUGUGUAAGCUUUGGAAAGCCAUUACGGAAUAUCGGGAAAAACCUGGCUGAAGAGGCGGCUGCUAUUUGCUACACUUUAUUCUGGUGUUUCCAGACCAAAUUCCUGAGAACCUGCACAAGAAACCACACAGACAUGCCACAAAGAUGCCUGGAAGUUCUGCUUAACUGAUAAGAAGAACAUGGUCCAAACUCAGAGAUGAACUUGAUCAACACGAUCAUUUUACAUUUACCUUUACAUUUUACAUUUUUCCUUUUAGUUGCAUGGACAUGACCCAAUUCGUAACUUAUGGGAUUGAUUUGGUCUACAGUUUCCUGUAAGGUGAUUCCAACUUUGAAGUAUCCCCCAAAGUUUGGGGUGACAUUUGUAUAUUUUUAACAUUCAUGAUAGCACAGUAGUAUAGUGUUUUGUUCAACCUUUUGAAGAUUUAGGCGUCAGUGGUGCCUGUGCAGAUGAAACCAGUGAACCUCGAUGGUUUGGUGCUUCUUCUUAAAGGAAGACUAUGAUUUGUGUGUGUUUACAAAAAAGACUGAUCAUAGACAUGACAGAAUGAUUUAUUCAGACUCUCCAGUUUCCUUUCAACUUAUAACAAAGUCUCCAAACACUAUGUUUCACUGUUAUUCAUAUCGCUCAUGAUUUUCUUGCUUAUUUAUGCACAUUUUCCAGAUUUCCCAUAAUUAAAGACUUUCCUUCAA